CUGCAUGUUCCGUUACGACUCCCACCCCGGGGCUCCCGGUGACACACAGUCCAAGAGGUCAGCCCCCAGCGCCGCUCCUGGAUCCUUAGAAAACAGACCGGGUCAGGAAUUGUGUUCACUUCCAGACAAGACAACCAACACACAAAGAUGAAGGUUGACCAAGUAUUGCUGACUUUGUGCGUCAUAUACACACUCACCCACCUCGCCUCAGCGGCCUUGCCCUUGCUAGCGUACGCUGCACCAGCCCUCUUCGGUUUUGGAAUGCUUGGCGGAUUUGGCGAUAAAUUUGGUGGACUUUUCGGCAACAAGAGGAAGGAGCCCACUUAUAGCCCCAUGUUUGGGGGCUCCUUCGGGGGCAUCAACGCACAGGACAUGUCCAUGAUGUUUAUGUCGGGUUUCCCGCCAAAUGGAGGGAUGCAGGGAGGCAUGAUGGGAGGGAUGGGCGGAGGUAUGCCGGGAAAUCGACAGAGCAUGGGUGGACUCGGGCGAGGGGGAGGCAUGCCAGGGAUGGGGGGUAGCUUCGGGCAGCAGUCGCUGGGCCUCGGGGGCUCGGGAUUCGGCAAGAGACGUAGGCGGCGCUCUAUCAGGCCCCUGGUGUAAUUGGAUUGAGUUAUUGAGAUAAUGCUGUGAUAUUUGCUUGAUUCCGUGUUACAUAAAUAAAAAACUAAUUAAAUUAAUAAAAUCUGUUGACAUAUUAUUAUAGUGCAUUAUGAACAGCUUUGACACAUUAAAGAACAGGCAACACAUGACGUUCCCAGAAAAACACGAUUUCAAAACAACCAUUCAGGUCUAAAGCGUUUUAUGUGCUGUUAUAAUUUAAACAAAUAUUAAAAUGUAAAUUGUC